AUGUUUUCAAAAACAGUAGAAGUUUCUUCUGAACUUUCUUCUUUUUGUAUCUUACAUGAAAAUGAUAUUGAUGUAUUUCAUGGGCCUUAUGCUAUUAUUAUGGCACCGACACGUGAGUUAGCACAACAAAUAGAGGAAGAAACGGUUAAAUUCGGGCAGUUACUUGGAAUCCGAACAGUUUCAGUAAUUGGUGGUGCUUCACGAGAAGAACAGGGUUUAAAACUUCGUCUUGGUGUUGAGGUGGUUAUCGCUACGCCAGGACGUUUGUUAGAUGUUUUGGAAAAUCGUUAUUUAUCAUUAGAUCAAUGCACCUAUGUUAUUUUGGAUGAGGCUGACAGAAUGUUGGAUAUGGGCUUUGAACCAGAAGUGCAGAAAGUUCUUGAGUAUAUUCCGGUAACGAAUCUCAAGCCGGAUACCGAAGAUGCGGAGAAAGAAGAAUCUAUAAUGGAAAAUUUUUAUUCGAAAAAGAAAUAUCGUCAA